AUGAAUACAAUGCUUUGUCUAUUUGCUUUACUUAUCUCUUUGACUGUAAUUACUUCCUCGAUCGCUCCAAUUCGCAUUGACACAACUUGCCACGAUGAGCGAUAUUUCUACUCAAGUGCUCUGAAUCUUUGCAUACUCAACACUCGUUAUUUUGAGAGCUGGGCAUGGGCAUUUCUGUAUUGUCAACGAGAGGGCGGGAAUCUCCCAUCAAUUCACAACGCCUUUCAGAAUAGUCUAAUCGCUGAGCUUCAAUUUAAUCUGACCGGGAAAACACAGUCAUGGCUUGGAGCAGAGAAAUAUGAUGGGCAAUGGUCGUGGAUUGAUAAGUCACCAUUCGACUAUCAACGAUUCGACAAAAAAAACUCGAGUGGAUGCUUUGUUUGCGAUGGAGCUCUGUUGGAUGCAACGGAUCUUUUGUGGAAACCUGUCGAUUCGUCCACUUACAACAGCUUCAUCUGCGUUGCACCACCGUUCAUCCCGACAACAACAACCCGCGAUCCAUCGGUGACAACGGAUUCAUUCGGUUGCUAUCCAGCACACAAACAACCACCGUUUAAUUGCAAAGAAGGAUGGCAAUAUGCGCCCGAACUUGGAUACGAAUAUUUGGUGUUUUCCGACAGCUUUUAUGACGAUACAGAGACUUAUUGUGUGAGUCAGGGAGCUCACUUGGUCUCUAUUCACAGCGAGGCCGAGAACGAUUUCGUUGCCGGUUUGUGCUGCGUAUCAAGUGAUCACUAUUUGGAUGCCGGGUUCUACAUAACUGGCGGCGUUCAACAAAACGGCACACUGAAAUGGCUUGAUGGAAGUGCUUUCGAUUUCAAGCACGAAUGGUGUGGCGGAGAGCCUUGGGAUCAUGCUGAUGAGGGGAUCCUUUAUAUCGUCAAUACAGAAUCAAGAGGUCAAACAGAGUGCCUGCCAAAGACAUGGGGUCUCGACUACAAUUUCGUGAAAGACAAAAGCGCCACUCCAUAUUAUGUAUGCAAAAGAAAAAGAAACGCC